AUGGAUGGCACAAAAUGGAUUAACCGAUGCAAAUGGAUGAAUAUAAACAAGUACAGGCAAGUGGUGGCAGAUUGGUUCGCUAUAGACUGUAAUGAAUUGAAUGAGUUCGAAACACAGAAUGGUAUUAAAAGCAUUGAUGAUUGUGUACGUAUAUUGAGUACGUACUUGAAUAGUUUAGAGUAUAGGAGCAAUUAUUUGAGCGAAAAAACAGCAAAAGCCAGAAAAAAUCUGACAGAUACGCUCAAUAACGCGAGUAGCCGUGUAAAUGGAAAGUAUAAGCAUAAGCUCAGCAAUACGAUUAUUGAGGUGAUGGAUGAGUUUGAUGGGAUUGAUAUUUAUAGGCAGAAGGUGGUGAAUGAUGUAGACAAGAUAAGGUUUGUGAUGGAUAAGUAUUUGGAUAUAACAGAUGAGCAUGCUGGAGCGAUCAUUCGAAAUGAAGAAAAGGUGAAAGCUUGUAUAGAUCGGAUGAUGAAGUUAUGCGAUUAUGAGAUAGUGAAAUUGAAUAUUAUGCAGAGCGGAGAAAACGUAUUGAAGAAGUUUUGUGAUGUUCUUAAUAAUACAAACAGCACAAGAAACGUGAAUGGAUGUGGAAAUGAUUUGUUGAACAGCACAAAUAAUGAGAUGUAUACUGAAAUUAGCCAGCGGAUGAUGUUGUUUAGGGAGAUUUACGGCCAGAAAUUGAAUAGCUUAGACAUGUAUAGCGAUGAAGAACAGCUGAGUGCAUAUGUAGCAAAUGGAUAUCUACUGUGUUCUAGGAAUGGAAAGGCAGUGUUUAUGAAGGAUACAAUAUUUAAUAGGAACAGGGCGAUUGUAGAGUUGAUGAUGUCUGUGCUGAGGAUUGAUGCUUGGGGCAAGAAGCUGUAUGGCUUGAAUAUGGACUUUGCAAUUAGAACACUGAGUGAAGUGCUGAACGAAAUAAAAAAUAGAAGAGUAAGAGAUGGAAAUGCUGGCGAUAGAGCAUGCAGUAACAGUGAUGCAUAUAUUGGAAGUACAGAUAAAAGCAAGCAACUGAGCGAGCUGAUGCAUAAGAUAGAAGAUUGCAAGGAGGAGAUAGAAGAAGAGGAUGUUAUGAGCCUGAUAGAUCUACUGAAGAUAGAAACGCCGGAGAUUAGAUGUGUUGUGAAUAAUUUUGCAAAUUCGAAGUAUACACAUCUUUUUAGCAAAAAAGCAUAUGUGAAUGUGCGAAGGAUAGUUGGAGAAAUAGUUAUAGACAUGGAGAAUGAAGCAAUGAAGGAUUAUGAUAAGCAAACAUGGGAUAGCGUGAUAGAUAGUGUUGGCUCUGAAAUGCAUGUGGAAAUUUGUGUGGUUGCAACGAUGGUAUGCACGAUAUGGUGUGAUGUGCAUGGUUCAAGAUGCGAUAUUGAUAGUGAGACGAUGCGAAAGGUAAUUCAGGCAAAGAUUGUGAUUACAAGAUGGGUCAAGCUGUUGUGCAUAAUUACACCAAUGAUGGGAUGGAUAUGGAUGGUGAUGAGGCUUAGGAUGCACGAGAUGAUAAAGAAGAGCCGUGGAGGUGGUGUGUGUGACCGAGUCGUUGGAAACAGUGUGAUUGCGGUAGUUAUUGGGAUGCUUAUGACACCGUAUGCGAUGAUGUGCGGGAUGAUGAACACGAAGGAAAGGCGAGGGAUGAUGAGGGAUGAUUUGAUGGGGGUUCUGGCCGUGAUGCUUGCAGUGAUAGUUGGAAUGAAAUAUAUGGGGAAUGUGAAUACAUCGAAUGUGUAUGAUGGGAUUGUAAUGGGGGGGAUGCUUAUAGCAGGGCUACUGCGAAUGGCAGAGAUAACAUAUGGAUCGAAUUGUAUGUUUGUGCACGAAAUGAACGUGAAGAUGCUGCGGAUAGCAGUAGUGGUAAUGAUGGCAGUAGGGGUAAUGAUGCUUGAGAAUGUGUUUGAGAUCAAGAGGAACAAGAGGAAUGGAGUUAUGAAUGGAAUUUUGGUGUUUGUGAUGAUGGGAGUGACGGUGAUGAAUGACGUGAUGCAGACAGGAAUGGUGAGUGAACUGCAUAGAAGUGCACUUGAGAUUAUUGAGCUGUGUAUAUAG